AUGAACUCUCAAAGCACCGAUCGAUAUGACAGCUUUCAAGAAGAAGACGUUUUCUUAGACUUCUUCGCAGAGGGUAAUAUCUACAGACCAGAUGGCGAGUAUUACUGCGACGGCGAGAAAAUCGCCAAUUUCAAAGCUAAGAUCAUGCAGCUCUUGGCCGAUCUUUUCCCUCCCAAAGAGACCGAGCGGCCCAUUAUUCGACGUCUUGGACAAGGUUCAUAUAACAUCGUCGUCGGAGUAUCUGUAACGCCCAAGAUCCAUGCACUGAAGGGCGAUUCAAGCUACAAUGCUAGAGUAGUCAGGCUGCUUGGUUCACCACCUAAGCAGCAAAUCUUCGCACUGAGAAUCCCAGUGGGAUCAUGGUUCGACUUUAACGGCCAAUCGGGAAGCAUUGUAAGGAGCGAUGUCCACCAGGACGUAGCGACUCUCCAAGUUCUAGGCCAGCGCCUCUCAGUGCCCAUUCCCAUAGUCAAAGAAUUUGACCUCACAGAAAUCAACGCCCUCGGUCGCCCGUACAUGCUGCAGAGCUUUGUACCAGGUGACAGCCUUGCGAAGCUUUGGCCCGAUAUGAAUCUAGAUCAAAAGGCGUCAGCGAUUCGUCAAUUGACCAGGAUCGUAGAGACCAUAGCGUCCAUCACCUCGCCAGCAGCUGGCCAGAUCUCAUUCGACAACAUCACUUCGCCCAGCUCAGAGAUCAAGCUGGACCAAAUCCUCAUCCCCACUGCGGACCAGGCGUAUCACCGACCAAACCUGAAUCUCUUCGAAAAGCGUGAGGCGCCGCAUCAGACACCAUGCCAAUUUCUAAUCGACUGUUGUAACAGGUGGAUGAGGUACGAGUCCCUGAUCGGACCACCCGAUGGCUUCAAGGAAUCACUUUGGUACAGCAUUAUCGAAAUCAUCCACGUACUCGACGACAUGGGUUGGCUCGGCGACCGCUUCCACCUCAUGCACGGCGACCUUUUCGCCCGCAACGUAAUGGUGGAAGUCAACAGCCGCACAUCUGUCAAGAUCACUGGCAUCGUCGACUGGGACAUGGCAUGUUUCGUCCCCAAGAUUCUAGCACUCCGGAGUCCAUUCUGGGCUUGGAAGGGUAUCAACUACGAUGAGUCCGAUGAGAACAAAGUGGCGAAGGCACCUUCCGAUCGGGUAGGUAAAGCGCUGAAGGCUGCAUUUCUGAGUACGGCUACGCAGGACUACAUCACUAUGGCUUUGGAGGAUGAGGGUGUUAUCGCGCGAAAGUUGUAUAAUGUGGUCACUGGUGGGUUAUUGACAUCUAGACAGCGAACAAUGGCUGCGGGACUGAUCCAGCAUUGGAAUACCAUCUGUCCUAAGGAGUAUCCCUCUAGAGUUAGGAAGUUGAAGAGCAUACUUUGA